CACAAUAUUGAGAUAACUAAUACUCAUAUUCAACAAAUAUGAAGAUCACUAAAGUUCUACGACUCUCUUUCCUUCUCCUUGCCUUCAUAGGAACUUCAUUUCCUGAGGCCGUUCAUGCCAAAGAUCCUGCAGCAGUGCUCGAUGUCUUCGGUCAUGAGGUGCAAGCUGGUGCUCGUUAUUUAAUCGUAGCCCCCUCGACUGACAAUACAACAACUCUUGCAGUCACUAUGAAUGGCCAGAUCUUAUGCAAUUCAGAUGUUAUACUUUCCACUUUGAACGAGAGCUUCCCAAUAACAUUUUCACCAGUUAUACAAUCCACCGAUGGUGUCAUCCGCGAAGGAACUCAUCUAAAUGUGAACUUUGCAGAGCCAAUUGCCACGUGCUUCAUGGCAGGCGUGACACCCAUGUGGAAAAUCCGAUUCAGUACAACAGCAAAAGGAUUCAUUGUGACCACUGGAGGUGUUGAUCGAUUGAAUCGGUUUAUGAUCACCAAGUCUGAAGGAGAAUCAACCAGGAUUGGAUCUUCUGUUAGGGGAGGUCGUGAGACAGGUAAAACAGGUCACCACUAGUAGAAAAGGAAGAAAAAGUCUAAGGUCCAACCAUUUCUGGGCAUUUGAUAGCGACGACAUGUGAAUCCACGCACCGCCAGUGAUGGCGGCGCAUCGAGAAGACGGGCUGCCACUGUUCCUGGUAUUCUAGAAGGCUUCCCUGCAGUUGUUUGUACUUUUGUUUUGGGGUGUUUUGUGUAAUUUUUGAAUUGUUAAUGUCUUGUUUGAGUAAUUUUAAGUUUUGUUAUUCGGUAACAUGUAAAGAAUGAUGGGUAAAAAGUGAU